CACACACACAUCCUUCCUUCCCUUCAUCGAUCAAGAAACAAGCAAGGUUACACCAACUAACUAGCUACCUCAGCAAUGGCCGCCACCUCCUUUCUACUCGCCAUGGCGGUGCUGGCAACAUUGUUGGCCGUUGGCUCGUGCGGCACCGCACUCACCUUCACGGUUGGCAAGGGCUCUGGAUCCACUAGCUUGUCCCUCGUCACCAACGUCGCAAUUUCUGAGGUGGAGGUCAAGGAGAAGGGCGCCGCCGACUGGAGUGAGCUCAAGGAAUCGUCGACCAACACUUGGACGCUCAGCAGCAAGGCACCACUCAAGGGACCGUUCUCCGUCCGCUUCCUUGUUAAGAAUGGAGGUUACCGUGUCAUCGACGACGUCAUCCCUGCUGAAUUUAAGGUCGGCUCCGCCUAUAAGACUAGCAUCCAAAUUUGAGUAACACACCUGCAAGGUCUCCUGUCACAUGGAGAUUAAUGACGUCUAAAUAAUUCUUUUAAGAGAAGCCCAGCUCAAAUGAGAGCGAGCCAAUAAUUACUUUUCUCUGGUUAUUUUGUGGCAAUAGGCCAUCAACAAAAUAAAGCAUAGCAUAUGCACUUACUGCAUGUUACUAUGGAGCUAUAUGUACGCAUGAUUUUGAAUUAUAUGUAAGAUCAUAAGCAUGAUUAAUAUUUUCUGAUGAACAAUUGGCUUGCCAUUUGGUUUAUAAA